GGUUCCCCGUGACGUCACAGCGGCUGCCGCUAGUUGCCGGCUUUCGCAGAGUGCAGUAGAUAGAAUCAGUCAGUCAGUCGCUGAGGAAGCAGCUGCAGCAGCCGUGCGGGCGGCGGACGGAUGUCUGGCUAAACCCUAGGAGGAAGCCUGGAACCCCACAACCCCCGUGGGAACGCCGAGCCCCACGCCCGCCGAGCCUGCUGGCUGCAUCAUGUUUAAGUGUGAACACAGGCAAAAAGUUGGCAACGAUUUUUUUAUCAAGUCUAUCGGGGAUGGCACACAAGAGAAGCGCAGGACCACGUUUUUUAGAGUGGGCAUUACCUUGGGAAUUCUGUCCGCUCAUUUCGGGGGGGCGAGGAUUCUUGAUCAGAAGCCUCAAACGUUGGACAUGGGGAAGGAUUACUACAAGAUUUUGGGCAUCCCUUCCGGGGCGAAUGAGGAUGAGAUUAAGAAGGCCUAUCGCAAGAUGGCUCUCAAAUACCACCCAGAUAAGAACAAGGACUCCAACGCCGAGGACAAGUUCAAGGAGAUUGCAGAAGCCUAUGACGUCCUGAGCGACCCCAAGAAGCGAGUGGUGUACGACCAGUAUGGAGAGGAAGGCCUGAAGACAGGAGGGGGAUCAUCUGGGAACACCGGCAGCUCUUUCCACUACACGUUCCACGGCGACCCUCACGCUACCUUUGCUUCUUUCUUUGGAGGUUCCAAUCCUUUUGACCUCUUCUUUGGUUCAAACCGCUCCCGUAUGUCCAAUGGCUUUGACCACGAAGAGAUGGACAUUAUGGAUGACGAGGACGACCCCUUUGGCAACUUUGGGCAUUUUGGUUUCAACGGCGUCAAUGGAUUCCACCGGCGGCACCCAGACCAGCUGCACAACCGGAAGAAAGUACAGGACCCACCUGUGGUCCAUGAGCUGAAAGUGUCACUGGAGGAAAUCUACCACGGCUGCACCAAGCGCAUGAAGAUCACGCGUCGGCGGCUGAACCCGGACGGCCGCACAGUGAGAACUGAGGACAAGAUCCUCAAUGUGGUGAUCAAGAAAGGGUGGAAAGAGGGGACCAAGAUCACCUUCCCCAAAGAGGGGGAUGCCACGUUUGAAAAUAUCCCUGCAGAUAUAGUCUUUCUGCUGAAGGACAAGCCUCAUGCACACUACAAGAGGGACGGGUCCAACAUUGUGUAUACGGCCAAGAUCACACUGAAAGAGGCUCUGUGCGGUUGCACCGUUAACAUUCCUACAAUUGAUGGACGAGUCAUCCCGCUGCCCUGCAGUGACGUCAUCAAGCCGGGCACCGUUAAGCGGCUGCGAGGAGAGGGAUUGCCUUACCCGAAAGUCCCCAAUCAACGGGCCGACUUAAUAGUGGAGUUUCAAGUGCGCUUCCCUGACAGAAUACCCCAACCCACCCGGGAACUCCUCAAACAGCACCUGCCCUGUUCUUAGUACCGUAAUGAAGGAAAGCGGGGCCCGUGUGGCCCCACACAGUAUGUCGCAGUCAUGUGCCCGGGUUUUGCAAAGAGAACCAGUUUCCUAGCUGCAGUUCCUGUACCUGGGAUUCCGGCCUGUUACCACACGUUCUAUGCAGAAGAACACCGCUUCCUCUAGUAUGACAAACUCUAGUUCUUUUUUUUGUCAAAGUUUUGCAUUUUCCGAGUCUUCUAAGGUCCCGCAGCAGAGCCUGGGCCGCGUCUACGGGUCACAGGUGCCGUGAUUGUGCCAAUAAGGGACCGCGCUACCUCUAUCCCGCUCCUAGGCCGUGCCACGCCGGCCCCUGCUGGCAGUGCCACUGGUGAUAGGACAGUAUCAAGAACUUGUAUUUUACCUUUGUGGAAAUCUGGACUUUCAGACGGUGCUCGUGUACAUGGUUCCCCUCACCCCUCGUUUUUAGAAGGAUUUUUAACACUAGUUCCACACAGAGAAACUUCAUUGAAGUAAAUGACUUUUCAGCUACUUUUUUUUUUUAAAGUUCAAAAACGAUCUGUAAAUAUAACUUAAAGUGACCGGUGAUUUUUGACAUUUCUACACACUGAGCAGAAAUAAAAGAUUGUGGAUUUUCCCAAGGCGGA